UUAAAUUGAUACGUACAUUUUUUAUAGGGUUAGUGUUCCCAAACGGCCAUAUUUCCAUGUUACAUCGCUUGUUUACGGAAAACAGUCAGAAGGACCGAGUGUACUAACGUUACCUGUGUUAAUUAACUAACUUACACCUAUGUAUAAACAGAAGACAGACGCCACAAACUUGUCACUGAAAAAUACUGCCGGAUGUAACUGUUAAAACAUCGUACAGACAUCAUGAGUGCUGAUGGUGGCAGAUUCCCUAUUGACACCUCUAACUAUUUACCUGUGAUGGCUGAAUGUCCACAUUUAGAUGACAACUCAAGCAACACUGAGAACUGGGAAAGUAAUCUUCACAGACACUCAAGUGCCCAGCCCCGCGUUCCAGUCCCUCAACUAGAGGCCGACCUGGUCAACAUGAACCUGCAUGGCGCCAGCGGAGGCCUCGAACGCUGCAGGGACAGUGAUCGCCGGAGGUCUAGCGACCGCUCCCGAGACUCCUCCCACGAGAGGGGAGAGGGUCAGCUGACCCCUUGCAUCAGGAACGUCACCUCGCCCACCCGACAGCACAACAGCGAUCGUGAGCGGUGCGAGGGUGGUUCUUCCUCCAGGUCGUCGAGUCCUCGGCCCCCCAGGGCCUUAAUCUCCGUGGGGCCCAGCUGCAUCGCAGCGAGCAGGAGCAGCCUUUUCAGUACUGAGACCCACUGUAAGAGUCUGGGCCAUGGACACGUGCACGGUCCCUGUGACCACCUCUACGUCUAUGAGAACGCAAAGGAGGGGACGCGCACAUUACGGACCGCCGAGAGGGUCACUCUGAUAGUGGACAACACCCGCUUCCUGGUGGACCCGGCCAUCUUCACCGCCCAGCCCAACACCAUGCUGGGAAGAAUGUUUGGAUCCGGGAGAGAAUACAAUUUCACUAGGCCCAAUGACAAAGGAGAGUUUGAGGUGGCAGAUGGAAUCAGCUCAACGGUUUUUAGAGCCAUCCUGGAUUACUACAAAUCUGGGAUAAUCUGCUGUCCUGAUGGGAUCCCCGUUCCUGAGCUGAGAGAAGCAUGUGACUACCUCUGCAUCUCCUUUGACUACAGCACCAUCAAGUGUAGAGACCUCAGUGCACUCAUGCACGAGCUGUCCAACGAUGGGGCGAGGCGUCAGUUUGAGUUCUACUUGGAGGAGAUGGUGGUGCCGCUGAUGGUUGCCAGCGCCCAGAACGGAGAGAGGGAGUGUCACGUGGUGGUCCUGACUGACGACGACGUGGUGGACUGGGACGAGGAGUACCCUCCGCAGAUGGGAGAGGAGUAUUCACAGAUUAUAUACAGCACAAAACUGUACAGAUUCUUCAAGUACAUAGAGAAUCGAGACGUUGCCAAAUCAGUAUUAAAAGACAGAGGACUUAAGAAAAUCAGACUUGGAAUUGAAGGUUAUCCCACCUACAAGGAGAAGGUGAAGAAGCGUCCCGGUGGCCGGCCAGAGGUCAUCUACAACUAUGUGCAGCGGCCCUUCAUCCGCAUGUCCUGGGAGAAGGAGGAGGGCAAGAGCCGCCAUGUUGACUUCCAGUGUGUGAAGAGCAAGUCCAUCACAAACCUAGCAGCCGCCGCUGCAGACAUUCCCCAGGACCAGCUGGUCAACAUGCACCCUGGCCCUCAGGUGGACGAACUGGACAUCCAGCCUCAGCCAAGCUACCACUACGAGCCAGACCCAGACGCCCCCUCACCGGCUGUCUGAGACUGGGCCCCCUCAGAGUACUGUAGUGACGAGCGAGUUUGACAGCAGAAACCAAAUUGCCUUUGCACCUCUUCUGCAGCCUUAAGGCAAAAAAAAAACAACUGGUAUAUAUUGUCAACAGCUUGGGAAGGAGUAGCAAAGCACACAAUUGCCUCCUUGUACUGUUAACUGACCAAAGGAGAUCUUUUAAAUCACAAACUUGUCUGUGGGUGUGGUGGUGCUGCUGUGUACAGUACUGUAGUUCCUAAAGGGUUUGGUUUUAUCCACUUCUGCUUGCUCUCCCUGUUGUGGUACGGGUGAGACUACCACCAGAGCACCUGGGGAGCCUCACUGUGAUGCUUUGACCUCAAUAAAGAUUUUUAUUUAAUAUUCACUUUCA